UCAAUCUAUCUAAUCUUCAUACCAAACUCUCAGAGAUCAGAAAUGGCGUCUUCUCUAUCCACAUAUCACCCAAUUUCUUCUCAUCUUUCCAAGCAAAAUCACACCUCCAAUCUCUCCUCUUCCUUCCUAUCAUCCCCUUCCUCAAUCCCCCUAUCAUCCAAUUCAAACGUAUCUCUGCAAUUCCGCUGCAAUAACAAGCAACUAUGUUCUUCAACCCCCAGGCCUCUUACAGUCAUCGCCAUGGCUCCUCCAAAACCCGGUGGCAAAGCCAAGAAAGUGACUGGAAUUAUAAAGCUGGCGUUAGAAGCAGGGAAGGCCACACCGGCGCCACCUGUUGGUCCGGCGUUGGGUUCUAAGGGAGUAAACAUUAUGGCUUUCUGUAAGGACUACAAUGCCAGGACUGCUGACAAAGCCGGUUAUAUUAUCCCCGUUGAAAUCACUGUUUAUGAUGACAAAAGUUUCACAUUCGUGUUGAAGACACCUCCUGCUUCAGUUCUGCUCCUUAAAGCUGCAGGAGUGGAUAAAGGUUCCAAGGAUCCACAGAGGGAAAAGGUGGGAAAAGUUACGAUUGACCAGUUACGAGGAAUUGCAACAGAAAAAAUGCCAGAUUUGAACUGCACGACCAUUGAAUCAGCAAUGAGAAUCAUAGCAGGAACGGCUGCUAAUAUGGGCAUUGACGUCGAUCCUCCAAUUCUUACUCCCAAAGUCAAGCAAGUCCUCUAGUUUUCUUCUUCUUGAUAUGUUGAUUCAUUUUUGAGUACUGUAGGAAUAUCUGGAAUGCAAAUAUGAUUGUAUUUGCUACCUUAUUUCUGUAAGUUUCACCCUUUGGCAUGAAUAUAGAGAUGUUUAUCCACUAA